CUGAACACACAAAUCCCUUCAAAAUUGAAAUGUUUUAAAUGUUGUGGAGAGCACACAAAAGACACAGAUAAACUGUGUGUCCCUCCCGUUUUCGGAUCAAACAAAAAUUGUACAGCUUUGGGAAGAUGGCACCGCAAGACGUUGGAAAUCCAGAUGCUGUUGGCCUGAUAGACCUAACCGAUGAGAAGGCUGGCAAGUGCAGUUUUGUCAUAGCCCUGAACAGCGAAGGUCAGCUCGAGAUCAGUCCGAAGGGAGCCGGGGCCAGGGCCAGGACCAAUGAGCCGGAUCAACGCCAGGACAGGAUGUGCAGUGGCGUCUGCUCUGCGGCGAACAAGACUAGAAUGGAGAAAGUUCCGGUUCCGUCAAGCAACAAGCAGCGAAUCAGCAUAGCCUUAAUCAACCACGAUACAGAGGCAUUCGACUCCCUGCAGGUGGCCUCAGACGUUGAAUGCGAAAAGAAUAGCAGCUCUGGAGAGCUAACGCGCUUCGUGAAGGUCUACAAUGGGGAAGAUCUAAGGAGCAAGCCCUCCUUUGUCGUCCUAGAGGAUGCUCUGGUGCGCAAGCGCAUUGAACAUAAAACAGAGAGUUCAGUGAUCAACGUCCAGCAGGAGACCGAGCCCAGAACAGACGACUUUCCUAUGGAUCCGUCACAAAACAGUGGGUGUAGUUUGCUCCCUCCUCAAACCCGCUUCAACACCGUGCACAAUCUGAGAAACAGCCAGGAGGGAGAGGGAGCCAGCAACAACACACAGAUGUCCGAGGCCAUUCGUCUCUCCACAGCCACGAAUAGUCAGCCAAGUGAGCAGCAAGCGAUGGCCAAUACUGCAUCACAUGUGACCAUCAGCUUCGUUCCUGCAUCGGCUUCGCAAUCGGUGAACCCUAUGAUGUAUCCCUGUCAGCCAUAUUUGAGCAUGGCCCGUUGUCCCAGCGGCAACUACUGCCAUUUUUGCCCUUUAAAGCCCCCAGUCCGUCAAGCCACGCCGGAUCCCGGCUGUUGCACCUGCAGUAGCUGUUGUGCCAUGAGGUCCGCCAGCAACAGUUUCAACAGUUUCAGCAGUUGCAAUAGUUGUAGCAACAAUUGCUGUCCGCUCAAGCCACCACCGGGAGCAACAGCAGCAGCAACGGGUCUACAUAUGCAUCCUUCUCUGAACUAUUGCCAGCCCAAUCUUUAUUCCAUGCCAAUGGUUGCGCAGCAUGUGUUCGCACCAGUUCUACAGCCAUCGGGACAGCAGCAGCAGCAGCAGCAACAGCAACAGCAGCAACAGCAACUGCAGCAGCAACAGCCACAGCAGCAGCAGCAACAAUAUCCCAUUGCUGGCUGUUGGUAUCCGUAUCCGCCGUCUGCUUUAAGCCAUUGCAUGCAUCAGUGCUUCUGUCAUCCAAUGACCACGACUGGCAUGGGCUCCAACUGCUGUCGAAUGAACGCUGCCUAUCAUCAUCCGUGCCCCCAUUGUGGAUCAUUCUGCAAUAAUCCACAGAUGCAACAGAAGCCACAGCAACAGCAACAGCAGGUGGAAUCGCAAAACGUGGCAUGUGGCAACCAGCGGGAGCGACGCUAUCUAGCCAAGCGUCCAAAAGAACCAGCUUCCAGCGAUACAUGCUCGUUGUCUGUGAAUCGCGAGGGAUUGAGAAGGAUGUUCGGCCCGAGCCCGCAACAGCAACCGAAGUCCAAGCAGGACGAGCAGGUGAAGCCUUCGACCGGAAGGGUUCCAAAGGCUAUUCCGGACAAAGAACCUCCCCGUUCAUUGGCUGGCAAUACCUUCGGCAAGAACGAUUCAACAUCGAUUGUUGGCAAGCAAUCCAAUUCUCUUUAUAUGGCUCGCUUUGGGAGGACUUGCAUGCUGAUGAAACCCUCUGCCAGCACUCCGAUGCCCCGUCUGCUGACCAGGCGCAUCAGCCGGUACACCUCGGUGAUGGCCUGGCCAACCAAUCACAAAUCAGAGCUAUCCAAAGAGACCAGCCUUAUCCAGAAAAUUGACUGAUAAACGGUGUUUUUUUUUUCAUAAAACCAAAUAAACAUUGAAUUGAUCCGAAA